ACUGAGUAGUGACUCGGUCCCCCUUUUACUACCGAGUGGCGACUCGGUCCCGCGACACCAUCAUCACGAUUCACGCCUACCAAUACUGCAUAAAUUCCCCCCAAUGGAUCUUUCUCGGGAAUCAACUUUACCAAUCACGGUUUUUAAUGCUUCUCUAAAAUUCGCGUUUGCGUUCGUACAAACUUUCACUUCUUUCCGUGGAAAUGGCCGAAACCGCCGCCGAUGGGGUUCCCAGGACUCAUGCUAUUAGGAAAGUGAAUUUUCGAGCUGAGAUUGAUACAUCACCGCCGUUCGAAUCGGUUAAGGAGGCCGUGACUCGUUUCGGUGGAAGCGGGCCUUGGAUUCCUCUUUACAGGCUUGGAGAAGCUUUUAACAACUUUGAAGACUUUGAUAUAAAGAAAGUGGAGGAACAAGCAGCAGAGUUAGAGAAGGAUUUGAUCGUCAAAGAGCUUGAAACGCUUGACGUGCUCGAAGAAUUAGGGGCUACCAAAAGGAUUGUGGAGGACUUAAAGCAGCAGCUACAACAGGAAGCACUGAAACUAUCCGCAACUCCGGAUUUAAACUCUUGUGAACAUGUUGGAACUCCUGUUAUUAAGGAAAUGAAUAAGGAAAAUAAUGGGAAUGGUGUCAGGAAUAAUGAACAGAUAUUGCAAAUUCCAAGUUCCUGCUCUAUGUCAUCACCUGAUAUGAUUUUAAUGGAGUUGAAACAAGCCAAAGUGAAUCUUGGUAACACUAUGAAUGAACUUGAGGCGAUACAAUUGUCUGUUGAAUCUUUAAAUAAGAAGAUGAAGAAGGAGAAAGUUUUUCUGGAGAAGACGCGUGAAAAGCUAGCAUCAAAGUUUGCAGCUGUCUCUGCUCAAGAGAAGGAUCAAGAGCAAGCAAGAUUAAAUCCACCACCAGCAUCUCAUGUGGAAUUUUCUUUUGAUACUCCUGCAAAUAUGAGGAAUUUCAAUUGCGUUUCUGAGCAGCACAAUAGAAUGGUUGAGACAAGAAGAUCUGAAGUUUCAAAUCCCUUAUCUGUGUAUGAAGAGCACGGAUUUAGUGUUAAGACCGCAGAGAUGAGGUGGCUUGCAGCCAAAAGGAUGGAAGAAGCUGCAAGGGAAGCAGAAGCUAUUGCACUUGCUGAAAUCAAGGCUCUAUCUGGUGCUGAAAGAUCAUAUGAAUUUGCUCUGCCAUUGUCUCGGAAAGUCACUUUUGCUUUACCAGAACACUCUCCUCGAAACCCGAGAGCUAUGAUACCUGGGGAAUCUACCCUGGAGAAGGUAAAAGAUUCAAGGUUUCAAAUUGAUGAAUCAAAUAUUUCUAAACUGACAAUUUUGAAAAAGUUGGAGGAGGCAGCAGAAGAAGUUCUACACAGCAAACAAGUCUUAACUGAUGCUUUAAACAGAAUUGAAAGUGCAAACAGAAAGCAACAUGCUGCUAAGGAAGCGCUGCGGAAAUGGAUACCGUUGGAUGAUCUAAAGGAGAAAGAAGUUUACAACUCUUAUAAUUUUAACAAGUUUAAUCAAGGUGUAAUUUACCAAGAUUCUUCUCUACCAGAUGUAACCAGGUCAACAACAAGAAACAAUGUUCCAAAGCCUGUUUUGAGGCCUACAAUUUCGAUGAGAGAUGUACUUAGCAAAAAGCAAGUUCCUGAAGGAUAUGCUGCAAGAAAGGAGAUGGAAGAGCAUACUGAAAGACAAAAGGUAGCAUUGAGUCAAAUGCUUCGAGCAUUUAGGGAGGAUCUAACCCUUUCACCGAAAGCUGAGAAAGAUAAUGGGAAUGAUCAAAAGCAGGACAUGCCACAGAGGAAGAAGUUUGGAUUCAUCCAUAUAUCACUCCCUAUGACAAGGCCAAGUAAGAAAAGGACGUAAAUUUUUCAUCCUAAAUCUCUGUGCAGGGUUGAAUAGCAUGCAUCCUUAUGUCUUACCAGUUACUGUGCCAUUCAUGAUUCAUUAUUGGUUCAUGUGUUUGCUUUCCUGAUAUUUAUGUAGAAUUCAGUUUGUGAGGGUGUCUGAUUUUGUUAAAUAUGUUUUGUUUGGGACUUUGAGUGAAGGUGAAACUAGCUUUGGUGGAGCUAGUAGAUUGUGUUAUUCUCAUUGGAUGCAUUAGAGUGAAUGUUAAAUUUAUAUACAGGGUAUGCAAGUCUUACCAUGGGCUAAUCUGAUUGUAAAAUUGUUAUAAAUAUAAUGAUCGUGUUCAUGCGGA